AUGCUAGACCAUGAGUCUCUUCGACAGUGUCAGUGGUGUCUCAAGUCUAAGCUGAGGGAGAAGUUCCAAACUGUCUUCGAGGGAAUUGCUAGAGCUGAAAAAGUCCCACUUAAUCAGAUCUACACAGAGCUCUACAUCACAGAAGGAGGGCCUGCAGAGGUCAAUGAUGAACAUGAGGUCAGACAGAUUAAAACAGCAUCCAGCAAACCAGACAGACCAGAAAUGACAAUCAGACAAGAAGACAUCUUUAAAGGCUCACCCCAAAGAAUCAAACAAAUCAGAACAGUGUUAACAAAGGGAGUGGCUGGCAUUGGGAAAACAGUCUUAACUCAGAAGUUCAUUUUGGACUGGGCUGAAGACAAAGCCAACCAGGACAUUAAGUUUAUAUUUCCAUUCACUUUCAGAGAGCUGAAUGUGGUGAAGGAGGAAAGGUUCAGCUUAGUGGAACUUGUUCAUCACUUCUUUACUGAAACCAAAGAAGCCAGAAUGUCAAAAUUUGAUGAGUUCCAGGUUGUGUUCAUAUUUGAUGGUCUGGAUGAGUCUCUACUUUCUCUGGACUUCCACAACACUGAUACCCUAACUGAUGUUCAACAGUCCACCUCAGUGGAUGUGUUGCUGACAAACCUCAUAAGGGCGAAACUGCUUCCCUCUGCUCGCCUCUGGAUAACCACACGACCUGCAGCAGCCAAUCAGAUUCCUCCUGACUAUGUUGACAUGGUGACAGAGGUCAGAGGAUUCACUGACCCGCAGAAAGAGGAGUAUUUCAUGAAGAGAUUCAGAGAUGAGGAGCAGGCCAGCAGGAUCAUCCCCCACAUCAAGACAUCACGAAGCCUCCACAUCAUGUGCCACAUCCCAGUCUUCUGCUGGAUCACUGCUACAGUUCUGGAGGAUGUGCUGAAAACCAGAGAGGGAGGACAGCUGCCCAAGACCCUGACUGAGAUGUACACCCACUUCCUGGUGGUUCAGACCAAAGUGAAGAAGGUCAAGUAUGAUGGAGGAGCUGAGACAAAUCCACACUGGAGUCCAGAGAGCAGGAAGAUGAUUGAGUCUCUGGGAAAACUGGCUUUUGAUCAGCUGCAAAAAGGAAACAUGAUCUUCUAUGAAUCAGACCUGACAGAGUGUGGCAUCGAUAUCAGAGCAGCCUCAGUGUACUCAGGAGUGUUCACACAGAUCCUUAAAAAAGAGAGGGGACUGUACCAGGACAAGGUGUUCUGCUUCAUCCAUUUGAGUGUUCAGGAGUUUCUGGCUGCUCUUCAUGUUCAUCUAAGGUUAAUAAAAUCUAAAGUCAACCUGCUGGAAGAACAACCAACCCCCCAACAGUCUGAAAGAAUAGAAGAAUCUGUACAGACACAUGUCUAUCAGAAUGCUGUGGACAAGGCUUUACAGAGUCCAGAUGGUCACCUGGACUUGUUCCUUCGUUUCCUCCUGGGUCUUUCACUGCAGACCAACCAGGCUCUCCUACAAGGUCUGCUCAAACAGACAGAAAGUAGUUCACAGAUCAAUCAGGAAACAGUCCAGUACAUAAAGGAAAAGCUCACUGAUAAUCUGUCUGCAGAGAAAAGCAUUAAUCUGUUCCACUGUCUGAAUGAACUGAACGACCAUUCUCUAGUGGAGGAGAUCCAGCAGCCCCUGAGAUCAGGAAGUCUCUCCACAGAUAAACUGUCUCCUGCUCAGUGGUCAGCUCUGGCCUUCAUUUUACUGUCAUCAGAAAAAGAUCUGAAUGCGUUUGACCUGAAGAAAUACUCUGCUUCAGACGAGGCUCUUCUGAGGCUGCUGCCAGUGGUCAAAGCCUCCAACAAAGCUCUACUGAGUGACUGUAACCUCUCAGAGAAAAGCUAUGGAGCUCUGUCCUCAGUUCUCAGCUGCCACUCCUGUAGCUUGCGAGAGUUGGACCUGAACAACAAUGACCUGCAGGACUCAGGACUGAAUCUUCUAUCUGUUGGACUGGAGAGUCCACAUUGCAAACUGGAAACUCUCAGGCUGAAUGGCUGUAACCUCUCGGAGAGAAGCUGUGGAGCUCUGAUCAGAGUUAUUCAAUCCUCUAAUCUCAGGGAGCUGGAUCUGGGUAACAACAACUUGCAGGAUUCAGGAGAAAAACUACUCUCAGCUGGAUCGGAGAGUCCACAUUGUAAACUGGAGUCUCUUAGGCGACGAAGACUGGACAGGCCCCUCGGACCCUCCAGCGGAGACAGAAGGCUGAGCGGGCCCCUCGGACCCUCCAGCGGAGACAGAAGGCUGAACGGGCCCCUCGGACCCUCCAGUGGAGACAGAAGGCUGAACGGGCCCCUCGGACCCUCCAGCGGAGACAGGUUGCUGAACGGGCCCCUCGGACCCUCCAGCGGAGGCAGAAGGGUGAAAGGGCCCCUCGGACCCUCCAGCGGAGACAGAAGACGGCUCGAGCGGUUCUCCAGAACCCCCAGCAGGAACAGACGACUGGACAGGCCCCUGGGUCCCUCCAGCAGAGACACAGAAAGGCUGGUGUGGUUCUCCAGAAUCCCCAGCGGGAACAACAGAAGAAGGCCGGACGGGCCCCUCGGACCCUCCAGCAGGAACAGGUGGCUGGACAGGCUCCUCGGGCCCUCCAGCAGUGACAGGAGGCUGAACGGGCCCCUCAGACCCUUCAGCGGAGACGGAAGACGGCUGGAGCGGUUCUCCAGAACCCCCAGCAGGAACAGGUGCGGUAUGAUGGCGCCUGUGUUUGGCUUUGCCGCUGCCGGGUGCAGUUUGUCCCACUCUUUCAUCGUGCUGUUUUUCUCUGCUCUGCUGUUUUCUAUUUGUAUCAAUGAUGUACUGGCUGCCUUGGUUUAUGAUCGUUUGACGCUGUUAUCCAUCCGAUCUUCAAUGAUGGCUCAAGAUGUCUCAUCCUCCUCCUCCUUUGGCACUUUCCAUCCUCCGCCAGUGGCUGGAUCCUCAACCGGCGUCCUCAGCGGUCCCCACAGACCAUGGAGAAGGAGAGGAAGAGCAGGUAUCCAGGUGAAGCUUAGGCGUUUCUGGCAGCGGGGUCUGACUGGAAAGCGAUGUCGAGCGUGCUUUGUUACCUAUGCUCAGAAAAGCUCCAUGGAGGGGAAUUUGUUUUCCACGUCCCUGCUUGGAUACGCUGGGUCCGGCUCUCCAAGACCGUGCUGCCUCAGGAGGGUUCAUCCAGACUCUCCUGCUGACUGGCUUUUCAUCCCAUCGCAUAUUUUGAGCCCCUUUGAGGACAUUCGCUACCACUGCUACGCAGACGACAUCCAGAUAUUUAUGUCUUUUAAACCUGAAGAUGUUUCUAAGCUGCAGAUUCUAAAUGUGUGCUUAGAAUCCAUCAAAGCUCAGAGGGAGCAGAACAAAAGCAGUCAUUACAACUCACCACUGGGAGUUGCUCCACAGAGACAGAGUGGUGACGGCAUGAGCGCCGCUUUCUCCGGGAAGUGGGAGGUGGCAAACUGGGCUGCAAAUCCUCCAACGGACCGGGCUGCGAUGAGGAAGCAGAGAGUAGGAGAAGUACCCAAAGUGCAGACCCCGGAGACAGACGUGAACUCAAAAGCAGCUUUAAUGCUGAACUCAAAAGGAUUUGAUCCUGGUGGAGUCCGAUGGCUGAGGCAUGGUCUGAAAAAAUAUUCCUGCGAACUCACAAUUGACCCAAACUCAGUACACAGUAGGAUCAAGUUGUCUGACAACAACAAGGUGGCUGUGUAUGUAAUGGAGGCUCAGUCAUAUCCUGAUCAUCCAGACAGAUUUGAUCAAUAUCCUCAACUGCUGUGUGGAAAUGGUCUGACUGGUCGCUGUUACUGGGAAGUCGAGUGGAGAGGAAGGAUUCAUAUAUCAAUGAGUUACAGAAGAAUCAGAAGGAAAGGAGACAGUAACAACUGUGUGUUUGGAGGAAAUGAACAGUCCUGGAGUCUUUUCUACUAUGAUGGUGGUUACUCUGUCUGUCACAAAAACAAAGAAAUAUCCAUCACCACCAUCUCCUCCUCCUCCUCUGUCCCUAACAGAGUAGCGGUGUAUGUGGACUGUCCUGCUGGCACUCUGUCCUUCAACAAAGUCUCCUCUGACACUCUUAUCCACCUCCACACCUUCAACACCACAUUCACUGAACCUCUUUAUGCUGCAUUUGGACUCUGGUCUCCUGGUUCCUCAGUGUCUCUGUGUUCCCUGGAAUAA